GCUGUAGAUGUUAGCAGAAGAAGUUAGCUAGCUACUGUAAACAAAGCAGAGCCGCUGGACCGUAAAACUACUAAAAAUCUAUUUAUGUGUGACAAGAUAUGACAACAAUCAAGUUUGCAUAACGCUCAAGUAAGUGGAAACGGCUGUAUUUAUCAAUAAAAACAAGGUUGACCGUGAAAUUAACUCCAAAACGUUCUUUUAGGUAGUCAGCUAACUAACUAGCUGAAAUGUGCUAAAGUUAAAGCUGAAGGCUGCGGGUCCAAACUCUGACAGGUGAACAUUAAUGUUCAUCACACCGGUGUUUUAAUGGAAAUUUGAUAUUGAGAUAUGUCAACCACAGCAUAAAGGGGAUAAACUUGAGUGAGGGAGACGAGCCUGAAGUUAGCUUAUCAUACUCAGCUGAGGAUCGAGCUGUUCCGGAGAGGGUGUAGAAAACCACCAGAACUAGACUUCUCAGAUCUGGGCGGAAUUGUUCUCAAGAGCUUACAAAUACGGUGUCCACUUGUAGAAACAUUGUUUUCUUUGUAUGCGACUAUGUUAUAAGGGCGAUUUCACCGUUUUUGCUGUAUAGGCUACAUGAGAUCAGGUCCUGAUCCAGAAACACUAGAAUCAGAUUGAUCAUAUCAGUAAGUUAGCAUGUCUUGCAAACUGUGUCAGAUCUGCAAAGCCAUUAUUCUGUUUGUAAAAUGAAAAAAAGAGCUAUCCUAACACUUUUUACUGUCCACACUACACCGGACCAGGUCCAGAACCAAAGCUUCUCAUAUCUCGACUAGAUUAUUCUUAUGAGGCAACAAAUUAUUUCCAUUAUUCUACAUAUGUAAAUGUAAGAAAGGUUCAUUUAACUUUUCCUUUUUUCUGUGAAACUGUUACGUUAUCUAUGAGAAUGCUAGAGGGGUGAUUUCACAGCUUUUUAAGCCUAGACCAGGUCCAAGACUGAAACUCUCAUACCUGGACUAGUUGCUUUUUCUAGAAACUGUAAAUUAGUUACUUAUUUCAGCUCUGUGUCUUAAAAGAGUCUGUUAACGUGUGUCCAGCUCAGGUAACCUCAGACUGCCUCAGUGAGUACCUACAAAACAAGUUCUAGACACAGACUGUUUUUUUCUUUUCAGGAUUUGAUUCAUCUUAGGAAAAUUGUGUCACAAAAUGACUUGGAGCUUAUCAUUUACGCCUUUGUGUCUUCAUGUUUAGACUAUUUUAGCAGUUUGUUUUCACGUCUGAGCGAAAAGGAGUUGUCUUGUCUGCAAUUAGUGCAAAACUGCAGCAAGAAUUCUGAUCUGUGCGAAUGGAAGGACUCACAUAUCCCCUACUCUUAAAGCUCUACAUUGGCUGCCUGUGUCCUUUAGAAUCAAUUUUAAACUUCUGGUCCUAAUAUUUAGAGCCUUGCAUGGUUAGGCUCCAUCUUACAUCUGUGAUCUGAUCCAGCCUUACACCCACGCAUAGGCUCUCAGGUCUGGAGCAGAAUCUGCAGAUAGUUCUGUGCACUUGUUUUCAGACCAGAGGCGAUCUUUCUAGGCUGUUGCUCCCAGGCUUUGGGAUGAUCUUCUUCUCUCUCUGCGCUUAAUAGACUCUGUUGACUCCUUUAAAAGUGAACUCAGACAUAUUUAUUUGCCCAGGCCUUUGUUAAGCUGUUUUGGGGCUGCUGUGAUUGUCUUGGCCUUUUAAAUUUGUUUGUACAUUUUUACUUUUGUUUGUGUGAAGCACUUUGUGACUUUUUGUAUUUGAAAGGUGCUAUUUAAAUAAAGUUUACUUACUUACUUAUUCGUGUCUCUUUCAGUUGUGCUCUCCAGACUCUGCCAGACUGCAGCAGUCCAGUUCGGCUCUGGAUCUGCCAUGAGCCAGCCUGCAGUCUGAGGGGAAGAUAAUGGCUGCAGAGCUGUACCCCACCAAGAAGCUGGUAUCCUCUGCCUCACCAAGCAGCACUGCCUCCUCUUCCAUCCAGCAUUACCAGCAGCAGAACCUGACCAACAACAACACCAGCACCGCAGCACAGAGCUGCUGCAACUGGCAGGGCCUGUACCCCACCAUCCGAGAGAGGUCAGUCUGAGCUUUGACCCCACUCAGGCUGAUGGGGCUGUGGCAUGAUGGCAUCUCAGAAUGUUUAGUUCAAGAAUAUUUGGUUCUAGAAUACAGAAUUUUAUGUUCCAGAAUUUUGGGUUCUUAAAGUCAUGUCCUUUAAAGUUUGAGGAUUCACGAAUUUUGGGUUUCGGAAAGCCAGGUUUUACAAGGUUCAAGGAUUCCAGAAUGCAAAUGGGUUCUAGAACUUCAUAUAGCGUUCUAGAAUGCUGUGUUUAAGAAUGUAUGACUCAAAAAGAGGGUUCUGGACAUUUGAGUAGAUGUAGAAUGUUGGAUUCCUGAAUUCUUAGUUCUUGAAUGCUUUGUUCUAACAUGUUCUGGAGUUGUAAUAUGUUUAGCUCUAGAAUGUUGUGUUCUAAAAUGCAGGGAAUAGAAUUGGGGUUCUAAAAUGUAGAAUGAUGGGCUUUGGAAUGUUAGGUUCUAGAUUGAAGGUUUAAGAGAGUUAAGGGAUCCUAAAAUCUUGCUUUCCAGAAUGCUGAGUCUGAAGUGGGUCUGGGUCUCUGGGAUGUUUGGUUUUACAAAGCAGGUUUAAUAUUCUGGAAUGCUGGCUUUGAGAUUGCCAGGGUUUAGACUGUUGGGUUUGGACAGUUAGAAUUUCUAAAUUUUGAGUCCUGUGGUGUUGGGUUUAAGAAUGCUGGGUUCCAGAAUUCUGUGUUCCAGAUUGCAGCCUCUGGAAUGCAUUCUGUGUAGACUUUAGACCUGAGCUUUAGACAGAAAUGAUCUCUGAUUGGUUUUAAGGCUUAUGUGUGUAUACUAAGAGCUGUUUCUGAGUCAUUUUUUUUCUUAUUCUGAAAUGAAGUAAAACAGAUUUUCUUUCCGAGCAGGAAUUCAGUCAUGUUCAACAAUGAGAUGAUGGCAGAUGUUCACUUUGUGGUCGGGCCACCUGGUGGAACACAACGGGUCCCUGGACACAAGGUAAAAAUUCUGCCACAUGAGGCAGAUCUGGGGUCACAUCAGAGCGGAUAAUUAUCCCGGGGAAAACUCAGUGUGCCACUUUGCUGACAGAAACUUAGGUGUAUUAAUCAGAGUAACAUUGAAUUCAAAUGAGAUGAAGAGGCUGAAAAUUGGAAAUCAGAAAAGAGCAAAAGCAGAAAAAUCCGAGAUCCGGUCGAGAUCAUAUACUGUGACGAAGUGUUUAAAACACGUUUGUUUUUCAGGCUUUCAGGUAGCUGUCAGACUUGGAUCUGUGGUUGGUGUCAGGUUGUUCCUUGUGACGUUAACAAUGUUCCUCUUGUUUGUUAGUAUGUCUUGGCCGUCGGCAGCUCUGUGUUCCACGCUAUGUUUUACGGAGAGCUGGCCGAGGAUCAGGAUGAGAUCCGGAUCCCUGAUGUGGAGCCUCCAUCUUUCCUGGCCAUGUUGAAGUGAGUUGAACAGUUAAUUUAGCUUCAUAGACUAUAUUCCCAUAGCUGACAUCUUUCUUUGACAUCACAUGAAAGGUGGGAAGUUUAUAUAUCUUGUCUACAGGGUUCUAAAUUAACUUUUUUGAUCACCAGCCAAUGUGGCUGAAAGUGAAAAGAUUUAAUUUCUGAAUCAAAUGUCUUCUUAGGUAUAUCUACUGUGAUGAGAUUGACCUGUGUGCUGACACUGUGCUCGCCACUCUCUACGCCGCUAAAAAGUACAUUGUGCCUCACUUGGCUCGGGCCUGUGUCAACUUCUUGGAGACGAGUCUGAGUGCCAAAAACGCCUGCGUGCUGCUGUCUCAGAGCUGCCUGUUCGAGGAGCCUGACCUGACUCAGCGCUGCUGGGAAGUCAUAGAUGCUCAGGCCGAGCUCGCUCUGCGCUCUGAGGGAUUCUGUGACAUUGACACCCAGACACUGGAGAGCAUCCUGCGACGAGAGACACUGAACGCCAAAGAGAUGGUGGUGUUUGAGGCGGCACUGAACUGGGCUGAGGCGGAGUGUCAACGGCAAGAUCUGGUGCCGACCAUCGAGAACAAGCGCCUGGUGCUGGGGAAAGCCAUUUACCUGAUCCGCAUCCCCACAAUGGCACUGGAGGACUUUGCCAACGGGGCGGCUCAGUCUGGUGUGCUCACACUUAAUGAGACCAAUGACAUCUUCCUGUGGUACACCGCUGCCAACAAGCCUGACCUGUUGUUCUGCAUUAAACCUCGUAAAGGCCUCUCUCCACAGCGCUGCCAUCGCUUCCAGUCCUGCGCCUACAGGAGCAACCAGUGGAGGUACAGAGGACGCUGUGACAGCAUUCAGUUCGCUGUGGACAAGCGCAUCUUCAUUGCUGGCUUUGGCCUGUAUGGCUCUAGCUGCGGUUCUGCUGAGUACAGCGCCAAGAUCGAGCUGAAGCGUCAGGGCGUGCCGAUGGCCCAGAGGAUCAUCAAGUACUUCUCAGACGGCUCCAGCAGCACCUUCCCUGUGUCCUUUGACUACCCGGUGCAGAUUGAGCCGGACACCUUCUACACGGCCAGUGUGGUGCUCGAUGGUAAUGAGCUCAGCUACUUCGGACAGGAGGGCAUGACAGAGGUGCAGUGUGGGAAAGUGACCUUCCAGUUCCAGUGCUCGUCAGACAGCACCAAUGGCACCGGCGUACAGGGAGGACAGAUCCCCGAACUUAUCUUCUACGCCUGAGCUGGGCCAGAAGUUUUACGCCACAGAGAUUCCUGAUUCACUGCCAUUUAGACUUUUUCUUCGAAAGGGUGGAGAGGAGUUCUCAGGAAGCUGCUAGAGGCGGGAGGGAAACCUGAAUUUACUGCUGAGCCUUUAGGACAUGAUGACACUUGAUUAAAACAUGAAGACAGAACUAUAGAAGACCUCACAUUCCUCAACAGCUCCAUUUUUGUUGUGAGUGUUUUUAGUUUCAGUUUGACUUUGUUUUUAUUGAAGCAGAAUUUUUCUUCCUACAAAAAACACUGUCUUCAAGGAGACAAUCAAAAGAUGGCACGCAGGGUCCCCCUGGAGUGCCUGACAUAUGAAAUCCUUACGUAGUUGGUUCUGACACGGGCGAAAUAAGUGUUUUGGUUUUUAGACCGUAAUUUACCAAGUGUUCAGCUUAAUGUGUCCAAAAGAAACCAGAGAAACUGUUGUAAGACUGUUGUGAACAUUAGAAAGAAGCAGUUAAGCCAUUUGAGAGGCAGUGGGGUUCACUUUCUCUUAAACCAGGCCUUAACUUUCACUUUUGGCCCCAGCACACAGUUUAUUCUGAAAACAACACAAGCUUAUUAGAUCACCCACAUGUUUGUUAUGGUCUGUCGGUUUUCCAAAAAAUCAACUCCGAAUAUUAAACAUGCCAUGUUUGGAAAAGUCCAAACACUCGAUGUUGGUGGCAAGACAUCAGGUGAUUCUGCAGAUAUGUCUUUGACAGGUUAGACAGCUACUUUGUCCUAAAUGGACAUACAGCUCCAUCUUUGUCUUUUAUUUGUCCACCUACAGUGUCGAUCCCAUAAUACUUCCACUCAGCUCUGAGCAGCAUUGCGAGAUCACAUCCUCCAUUUUUGGAAGAAUAACAUUACUGUAUCAGUUUAUUGAGGUCAAGAGUGCCAUUCAGUGAUCAGGUUACGAUGAGAGCGCCCUGUGCUAGAUCAUAUGGUAAGCUACUUCAAGCGGCCUGACGAGCUGGUUAAAUGUAUUGGUAUGAGUUGGACCAGCUUGUUAGUGGUUAAAUUUGAACUUCUCCCCCAGAGAUCAGAUAAAAGUGACAAGAGUUUGUGGUAGUAAUAAAUGCUCAACAAAAUGCUAAAGAACAGCUGAAUUAAUUUUAAGUAUUGCAGCAGAGGUAAAUACUUAUAAACAUAACAUGGGGCGCACCCCUCAACUCUGCCCAACAGAGGGCAGAAAGCGCAAAAUACAGCUUACUAUAUGACCGAAAAAGGCAGUUACUCUAAAAGAGUCAAAAAAUGCAGUUACUCUGAAAAGCAGUGAGUGGAAUCACUGACUUCACUGCAUUUAGACAGUUAAAUAUCUUGUGUGCACACAGAAAAAGUUGGCAGUAAAAAUAACAUCUUGUUCGCUCAGGACAAAAAAAUUGCUGGAAAAGAAACGGUAAUGUGCACUCAAGAUGAUUAUGUCCUCGCAAGAUAAAAAUUUAAGCACACAAUAAUGAGUUGUGGGUAAAAAAACAACAUUUAUGCUCAUGAUCAUGAUGUUGGUAUGUUGUGUUCACAAGAUUAUUUGUGGUCACCUGAUCAUCACUUGUAUUCAGAAACAGAUUUCCCCUGGAGGACUCCCUUUUUGUUUCUUUGGACUCUUCUCUGCUUCUGUGCUCUGAUGUCUUUCAGUUCUGGGUACUCAGCUGAUCGGUUCAGUUUGAAGCCAUGGAACAACUUUUCUUCAGAUUUUUUUUUGUGUGUAAUUUUGUGUGUGUGUGUUUUUCAGUUUUUAGUUAAUCGUUGAAUUCUGAGGAGAUGUAAUCAUCUUGAUCUUCAGUUUUGUCUGAACUGAUAUAACUAAAAAGAACUGAAGUUCACUGAACUUAAGGUCGAGACCAACAACACCUGAGGUAGACAUCAGCUGCUGAGGACUUCAACUAAAACUAAACUCAAUUACAUGAAGAUUCAUGACAGUAAGUUUUUCAUGUUAAGUGAAGUUACUCAAGAAAAUGAUUGUGUUAAAAAGAAAGACAUUUUCAUUUCUUAUAUUUAUGAUUUUUUCUGUCACUGAAGAACUGAGGACUUCUCUUGAUAAAGCACUUCUUUAACUUUUUUAACUCUUGCAGGUGUAACUGUUGGUAGUUUUGGUGUUCAAAGUGAAAUAUCGCUUAUAUUUGUUAUUUUGUAGCCAAUGACACUUUUUUUCACUACACCUGAUUGACUUCCCCCUGGUGCUCUGUCCAACAUCGUAAAGACGGUUCUGGUGUUUUCAAGCAGUGUCAUUUUGGUCUGUUGGAGGGUCUGAAAACCGUCAAGGUAUCAAAAGUUUUGGGAUUGUUGCGGUAGAUUCUAAAAGAAGACUGAGAUUUUUUGCCACAUUGUCAACAGGCAGAGAUUAACCGUGACUUGCUGUUGAGGAUUCAUCACCAUCAUUUGACCAAUCAGAUUUAGCUAUGUACUCGAACGCAGCUGGUUAGUAAAUACUUGAAUCUGAUUUGAACUGAGUAUUCUAGGCGGCAGUAGAACAGUAGAGGUUGUGUGUUGAGUCAGUGGAGACAAGCAAAUAAAGGCCUUUUCUUUAAUGUAAAGCUCUCUCUCUCUCUCUGCAGGAAUCCUCUCUGUAAAAGCUGUCAGGUGCUUAAUGUAACAGUCUGAACUUGCCAGGGAUGAAAAAAACUUAACGGACAUAAACAGAUGAUGUUGCAACCAUUACAGCCUGUUUCACUGCUGCAGGCUGGUGCAAUCAACUCGAGUAAAACCGUAAAAAAAAAAAAAAAAAACUUUUACCUCCAAGUCACUCAGACACCAAAAAUAUGUUAAAACAGAGCCCAGGUUUAAAAAUGCUGGAACGGACUUUUUACCCACAAUCCACCUAGUGUUGUGCCUGUCCAGCUUGCAGUGUAAUACAGCAAGUUUAACCUUGUAUUUUAUGAACUGAACUCAUCGGAUGCCACUUUUACUGAUUCAUCACUUAUGUUUCUACUAUGCUCAGAUAAGAAACUUUUUUUUUUUUUUGUCAGAGUCCCUAAAUUUCCUUGAUGUUACAGUUCUGUAGAUGUUUCAGUGAUCAUGUCCUGAUGCUCUUCAUCUGCUCAUUUUUAAAAUGAAAAAAAAGAAGAAAAACAGUUUUUGUAUGAAUCUAUAUUGAAGAAAAAUAUUUUUGGAUGUCUUUGUUUCCUGUUGUUGGAUUUCAGCCUGAAUGUUGGUUGUUCGGUGGCCUUAAGAACAUGUGGUGGUGACUACAUUUGUAAAUAAAAGAUUCAAGUCUGUUUGCAGAGUCUU